AUGUCACGAUGCACGGAGGAAGCUUCAGUUCAGGUUAGUUUGCGGGAGGUUGCUGCGCGACACGUUUUCUUUUGCAAGGAUGCAACCUGCGAUUAUUUUGUUUGGAACAAAAGUGAUCAAGGUGUGCGUGAGAGUUCGCUUGCCAUUCCUGGAGAAGAUUUCAAGUUGCAGUUGAACACGCAGCCAUUGUGCGAAAAUGCAGCGUUCCUGGUGAAGGUGAAUGUCAAUAGCGUCGAGGAAGCAGCCGCGGCGUGCCGCAAGAUGAGUCGCUGCGCUUUCUUCGGCUUUUUUGCUUUUGCUGCUGCAAAAGCAUUGGAGAAUCGAGUUGCUUAUCUCUGCUCCAGUGAUGCCUUGCAAACUGUUGGCCCGCUUCCUGGCUGGGUUACAGGCGUGAAAGCGUCUUUGCCUUUGCCGCCAGUGAUCAAGGUUGAUGUGCUGCCUGUUCAAAAUGGCCCGUUGCUGCCUUAG